GUCGACUGUCAGUCUUCAUGAGUAAGUAAGUAGUACUUAAGCUUUUGAUUACCUUUCAUAUUUGGGUCAAGAGGGUUGGAGACAAACGACAGGGAAGAGUCAAGGAAAUACCAGCUCAGCAGUCAAAGUAGCACUUCCUCAAACCAAUCAAUCAAUCAAGUACGAUGCCAAAAUCAAAUCAAACCAAUUCACUCAAACCUGGUUUCUCAACUGGUGGUUCAUUUCAAGCUUUGGCAGUCCAAUCAAUCGAAUCAGAUUCAGAAAGCGAUUCACAAACCACUCCGAACAUUCCAUCACAUCGAACACCUUCUACUGCCAUCUCAACUUCAACUAAAAAGGGACGCGCCAAACAACGUGCUCGUGAUCGAGCUCGUAAAUCGGCUGGUACCUCUACUUUAUCUGAUCCAACUGAAUUCCGGAACAAUCCCAGUCUUGAUAGGAUCAUUCAUUCAUUCGAUCUCACCAGAAGACCUAGAAAUCAUCAAAACCGGUUUCAUUGUUUUUAAUUCAAAUGGAAAGAUCAUUGGGAUCGAAAAAGAAAACUUAACAAAUCAAGAAUGCAAUCGAAAAAGUGAUGUGAUUCAAUGUUUAUUGAAAAAGAAAUGGAUUCAAGCAGAAGAUGUUGAUCGAUUGUGGUUGAUUAGAUUGAGAAAUGGAGAGUUUCUUUUACUUGGCUUUAUUGAUACUCAUACUCAUACUGUACAGUACACGAACGUAGCAGUUGGACAACAAUACGAAUUACUUGAUUGGCUUAAGAAUGUAACCUUUUUAGAAGAAACAAAGUAUUUGUCUAAGGGUUAUUCACAAAGGAUUUUUGAAAAAGUUGUCAAGAGAUUAUUGAAUUCAGGUACAACUACUUGUUGUUAUUUUAGUUCGAUACAUCUUUCGGCUUCUAAAGUUUCAAGUCAAGUUUGUUUUAAUGCUGGUCCACGUGCAUUUAUUGGAAAAUGUAAUAUGGAUCGGAAUGAAACAUCUGAAAGUUAUAAGCAAAAUUUGGUGGAGGAAUCUAUAAAAGAUACCAUUGGACUUAUUGACUAUAUUCGACAAAACUGUGUUCCUGAACUUGAAAAGGCUCAUAGUACCAUUAUUGUAAGUAAAACAAAUUGGGACCAAUAGUGUAAGAAUUGCUAUAGAUUCUCUAUGACGUCUUACCAAGAACUUCCUACAGCACAAUCAAAGGUUGUACUGUACUUUGGUACUUUUGC